AUGUGGACAUCAGUGUACCCACGGCUGAUAAGGGGUGGGAGGUUCUUAGAAACAGCUGAUGGUAUUCUCGGCUCACAGAGGAAACGGAGCUCUGGUUCUCAGAGGGUCUUUGUUCUGUACAGAAUCGGACAGCUGUACAUGAUCAGCAAGCACAGCCACGAACAGAGUGACCGAGGAGAAGGGGUGGAGGUUGUCCAGAAUGAACCCUUCGAGGACCCUCACCAUGGCAAUGGACAGUUCACAGAGAAGCGGGUGUAUCUCAACAGCAAACUGCCUAGUUGGGCUAGAGCUGUUGUUCCCAAAAUAUUUUAUGUAACAGAGAAGGCAUGGAACUAUUAUCCCUACACAAUUACAGAAUACACAUGCUCUUUUCUGCCGAAAUUCUCCAUUCAUAUAGAAACCAAGUAUGAGGACAACAAAGGAAGCAACGACAGCAUUUUUGACAACGAAGCCAAAGAUCUGGAGAGAGAAGUUUGCUUUAUCGAUAUUGCCUGUGAUGAAAUUCCAGAACGUUACUACAAAGAAUCUGAGGAUCCUAAACACUUCAAGUCAGAGAAGACAGGACGAGGACAGUUAAGGGAAGGCUGGAGAGACAGUCAUCAGCCCAUCAUGUGUUCCUACAAGCUGGUGACCGUGAAGUUCGAGGUCUGGGGGCUUCAAACCAGAGUGGAACAAUUUGUACACAAGGUGGUUCGAGAUAUUCUUCUGAUUGGACAUAGACAGGCUUUUGCUUGGGUUGAUGAGUGGUAUGACAUGACAAUGGAUGAAGUCCGAGAGUUUGAACGAGCCACUCAGGAAGCCACCAACAAGAAAAUUGGCGUUUUCCCCCCUGCCAUUUCUAUCUCCAGCACCCCCCUGCUGCCUUCUUCAGUCCGCAGUGCCCCUUCGAGCGCUCCAUCCACUCCUCUCUCCACUGAUGCACCAGAAUUCCUGUCGGUUCCCAAAGAUCGGCCCCGGAAAAAGUCUGCCCCAGAAACUCUCACACUUCCAGACCCUGAGAAAAAAGCCACCCUGAAUUUACCUGGCAUCCACUCUUCAGAUAAGCCAUGUCGGCCCAAAUCAGAGUAACUUCAUAU